AUGGCCGCUUCGUCUACAAGCAAAGGCCUAGCGCUUUUAGCCUCGGCCGCUGGAGGUGGUGAAGCAAAUGAAACCACCUCCCUCUUGGGACCCGGCACGGCUACAAAGGUCGACGACCAAGAUGAUAGCGAUGUCGAAAAACCUCUACCAAGGUUCCAGAUCCUACUACUCUGCUAUGCCCGAGCAAUCGAACCCCUGGCUUUCUUCUCCAUUUUCCCCUACGUAAGCCAGAUGGUCCAGGAAAAUGGAAAUCUCAUCGAUGCAGAUAUCGGCUUCUACAGCGGUCUCAUCGAAUCGUUGUUUUCUUUGACGCAGGCCAUCGUGAUGAUUUUCUGGGGUCGGGCUUCGGACCGCAUUGGGCGAAAGCCAGUUUUGGUCUAUUCUAUGUUCGGCGUCACUCUGGCGACAGGUCUUUUCGGAAUGGCAAAAACCAUCCCGCAGAUGAUCAUCUUUAGAUGCAUUGCCGGUAUCUUUGCCGGGACAAUCGUCACUAUUCGUACGAUGGUGGCUGAGCACAGCACGCCGCAAACUCAAGCAAGGGCUUUCAGUUGGUUCGCUUUCAGCGGUAAUUUGGGCAUAUUCUUGGGGCCUUUGAUGGGCGGCGCUCUCGCCAACCCCGCAACUCAAUACCCAGGCGUCUUUGGAGGAAUUCCUUUCUUCGAGAAUUAUCCCUAUGCACUAUCUAGCCUGGUAGUGGCAUCGGUGGGAGCCACUGCUGCCCUGUCAACUGCCCUCUUCGUCGAGGAAACACUGAAGAAACCUUCAAAUACAGACAGCGAGAAUGAAGGAACCGGAGUAUCAAAACCGAGUGUUGAAUACACGACGUGGGAGCUUUUGAAGGCACCGGGUGUGAGUAUGGUCAUCUACACGUAUGGUCACCUCAUGCUUCUCGCCUUUGCUUUCACCGCGAUCAUACCCGUCUUUUGGUACACUCCAGUACGCCUCGGUGGGUACGGCUGGACACCUUUGCAAAUAUCGCUCAUGAUGGGUCUUAAUGGCGCCGCACAGGCGAUAUGGCUGCUCCUGGUCUUCCCUCCGCUACAGCGAAAGAUCGGUACGAACGGUGUAAUCCGCAUCUGCGCCUCUGUAUACCCAAUUUUCUUCCUCAUCUGCCCCAUUGGCAAUAUCCUCCUGCGACAGGGGACCGAGGCCUCUCUCAACACAUUCUGGGUCUUUGUCCCGAUGGGACUGAUCAUUGGUUGCGGAGUUAGCAUGAGUUUCACCGCAAUCCAGCUCGCUUUGAACGAUAUCGCACCCUCGCCAAGAGUCCUUGGUACUCUGAACGCACUCGCUCUGACCGGUAUCAGCUGCUUGAGGGCAUUCUGCCCAGCCCUGUUUACCAGUCUCUUCGCUAUUGGCGCGAGGACUCAAUUGGCAGGAGGCUACGCCAUUUGGAUUCUUCUGGCUCUGAUCUCCUCUGGGCUUUCAUUUGCAGCCAGAUAUCUGCCAGAGCCGAAGGAGACUCCCAAACGCCAGAGCUCCCAGGAAAGGCAGUAA